AUGCCUGGUAGCUCAGAAGAACGAUAUAUUAGACUUGAAGGUGGGUUGCUCCAUAUCACCUUCCGCAUACCCGCAGGCAUUUACAUAUCCGUUGAUAUCGACUCGAGGAGACGCUGGAAAACAGCCAUCAAAGUCCUAUCAUCCUACAAAUAUGUAGUGUGGGGCGAUAUCGUAACCUUAUCAUCGUAUGCCUCACCUGCAUUCUCAGGGGAGAUCAGGGUGUCCUAUGAGGCCCAUCGAAUGUUAGGUAGUGGAGACGUCACCGGGGAACUUCAAACAUCGUUGGAUGAGCUACUCGAUCAUGGAGAUGAAUCAUUCGAACUGUCCUUUCCACCUGUGUGUGGUAUCCAUCCUUCCCUCACACUGAAGGCCACCGUUGUACAUGCUUGCGACGAUCAGGACGGCGCACUGUUUCGUUCCCUCGUAGACUGCGAGAUUGCUCGAGACACAGAUGCCGGCCACGCACAAUUUGCCAAAUACACGACAAGCAAGACGGUCUCUCACUUCAAUGAUGCUGUGCAGUAUUUUCAGUUGGCUCUGGACCAGACGGCUCUCACCAACCUUGCGUAUGCCCGCCUUGAAGGCUAUAUUCGAAAUGAUAUCCAAGACGCUGAUACCACUACUUCCCUCUUCCGCGAAGCCCUUGCAUUGCGCCCGCAGGGUCACUCCGAUCACGCACUAUCCCUCUAUAAUCUUAUCAGAUCAUUGAACUGGCACUACAGCAAGGAGCCUACCGACAUCUACAUUCACGAAACCGCACGGCUGUGCUGUAAGCUACUGCCCCUCUGUCCAGAGGGCACCUACCUCCGUAGCAUCGGCGUAGACAGUGCGGUCGAUUAUGUGAUCGGUAAAUGCAACAAUCUUCCAACAGACACAUCUGAUGAAGGCAUCCACCUUCGACGAAAUGUGCUGGAGCUCUGUCCUGUGGGCCAACACCGUCCAAAAGCACUUGACAAACUUUCAUGGGCUCUCAAGUCAUGCUUUACGCAAUGCGGCAACAUUGACGAUUUAGACGAGAGCAUACAAUUUGGUCGUGAAGCCGUGUCUCUGUGCCCCGAGGGACAUUCUGACCGCGAUGUCUACCUGAACAACUUGGCCAUCUCACUCGAGCUCCGCUUCAGUCACCAAGAAAAACCUAAUGACCUUGAUGAGGCCGUCUCUUUACAUGAAGAAGCGCUACGCCUGCGGCCUGUUGGGCACAAAUAUCGACAUUCCUCAUUGGGAAACCUAGGGGGCACCCUCGUCACCUGUUUCAACAGACAUGGUGACAUUAAUGUCAUUACCCGAGCUAUUAACCUCUAUCACGAUGCAUUGACGCUGCACCCAUCUCGCCGUGGCACUACACUCACUCUCGCACUCAAAACCAGAUAUGACAAGUUGCAUGUUAACGAAGACCUUAACGAGGCCAUUGAUUUGUCUCGUGAAUCCCUCCAGUUAACGCCGCUUGGCGAUCCGGAGCGUCAUGUAAAUCUUUUCAAUCUGAGUUCGACGCUCUGCUCUCGUUUCACGCACGAAGAUAUCGAGGAGGCCAUUAAUCUCUGCCAAGAAUCAUUAGCAGCUCUCCACUGCACCCAGACAGGUAUUUCAUCUACAUGCGGCUGCAGGAAACAGAACUUCAGACUCGCAUCAGGAUACCGUACUCAAGGAUUUCCUUGGCGUAUCAGCGAGGCUAUUGACUGGGCUCGCCAAGCCGAAGUUUAUGAAUCUGCCCUCGAAGCAUAUCAAAUGUGCUUUGAGCUUUUCGACAGUCAUGUGAUGACGCGGUCGUCGAUUAUCUCACGGCGCGAGGCUGCAAGCGCCUUUCGCAGUGCACAAUCCCCUCCUGUAGAUGCAGCCUCGUGUGCCAUACGUAGUGGCAAUCCACGACGGGCAGUUGAACUUGUGGAGCAGGGCCGUGGCCAGCAGUGGUCGCUGGCCUCUCGACUCAGGACUCCGCUGGAAGACUUGGAGUCUACGAGUCCGCGACUGGCUCAGAGGCUCCCCACAGACCGAGUUGCUGCUGAUCGUGCUGCAACAGAGUAUAGGGGACUUUCAAAGCAAUGGGAAGCUGCGAUAGCUGAGAUACGUAAUCUUCAAGACUUCUCGCGGUUCCUGCUCCCGUUGUCGUUCACAGACUUGCAAGCUGCAGCACGUCAUGGCCCAGUCAUCAUCCUUAUUGCGAGUCAAUACUCGUGUAGCGCCAUCAUCAUCCCGACGUCAGGAGAGCCUCACCAAGUUCGCUUCCUGUGCAUCACUUUCCCGGAUCUGGAGAAGCUCAAGGACGAUUUCGCUAUGGCGAUACGGCAUACAGCUCGUAUGCGCUCAGAGGAGCCGAGGAAGACAUUGCGAGUACUCUUGCAGAUGGUAUGGGACGAGAUUAUGCUACCCAUAGUCAACGUCCUCCAGUAUGACCUACAAUUGACGCUGCACUUCGCCACAUAUACUCGCUGCCAUUGCCAAGGCGAGUGCGUUAUACUGGCACUGUCACCUUGGAGAACAAUGAGCCAACGUGACUGUGCCCGCGGUGCCUCUACCGUGGCGAUGUAACUUCAUGAACUAGGAUGUAUGUAUAUGUAAAACCCUUUCACAAAAUUCAAAUUAC